AUGGCUCGUAGAAUGAAGGACCUGACAGAGAGAUUAAAUAAUCUCUUGGAAGAUAAGAAGUUGUUCUUUCUCACGAAAACACCUGAGGUCCGACCCAUAUUUCAACGUAGGGAGACCCACUCCUUCGUAUCUGUCUCUGGUGUCUUCGGGAGGAAAGAGGAUAAGAAGAGGAUCAUAGAUCUUUUGAUGAGCACGACUGACGAUACCAAAAUCUCUGUUAUCCCAAUAGUGGGAAUUGGAGGAAUCGGGAAGACAACUCUCGCUAAAAUGGUAUUCAUGGAUGAAAGGGUAGACCAGCAUUUCGAGCUCAAGGUGUGGGCCCAUAUGGACGUAGAAUUCCAUCCAGAAAAGAUCAUCAGGGACAUCAUCGAACAUCUGAGUCCUCCCGACACCAAAUAUGUUGAUUGGAAGAUGGAGAGGUUGCAGGUCCACCUCCGGAAAAUGUUGGAGAACAAAAGGUGUUUAUUUGUCUUCGACGAUGUUUGGAAUGUGAAUCGAAAGAAAUGGAUUGAGCUAAGGGAGUUGUUGGAAGGAGUCUCCGAGGGAAGUGCAUUUGAGCAGGGAGACGAGAAAAGCCAUACUGUCUUAGUCGAGAUUGGGAGAGAGAUUGUGAAGAAGUGCAGUGGGAAUCCUUUGGCUGUUAAGACCUUGGGAACCUUGUUGUACAAGAAGGAUGAGCAGAACUGGGUUAGCGUUAAGGACAGCGAGAUAUGGAAGAUGAAAACCGACAUCUUGCCAUCCCUGAGAAUAAGCUACGAUCUCAUGCCUUCCUACCUGAAGCAAUGCUUUGCUUACUGUUCGAUCUUCCCAAAGAACUAUGAAUUCAAUAAUCUGGAGCUGAUCCAGCUGUGGAUUGCCAAUGGUCUUGUUCAACCAACCAACGGGAACAAUCAAGAGCUAGAAGAGAUCGGGCAGCAAUACUGGGAAGAGCUUUGGUCGAGAUCUUUCUUCGAAGAUGUUGUGGAAGGUUAUCUCGUCCUGACUUUCAGGAUGCAUGAUUUGAUACACCAACUCUGCCUCUCGGUGGCGCAGAACGAAUCCUCUGUGGUGAAUGUAGGCACCAGAGACGUGUACGAGAGGACUCGACACCUCUCGGUUUCUGAUCCCAAUCUGCUCUCCGAUGAGCUUCCCAAGAACUUGCACAAGCUGAAAGGGUUACACACGGUCAUGUUCCCUUAUCAAAAAGAGGGCCCCGCCGGGGAAACCUUCCUCAAAGAGUGCAUCUCAAGGUUCAAACACUUGAGGGUUCUGUACCUCCAUGAUUCAAGCUCUGAUGAACUUCCAAGCUCAGUUGGAAAGCUGAGACAUCUGAAGUUUCUCCACCUGUGUAAUAACUCGAAGAUCAGGAGGCUUCCUAGUUCAAUCUGUGAGCUCUGGAACCUGCAGAGCUUGGGGCUUGAAGAAUUGCCUAGAGACAUGAAAAAGCUUGUCAAUCUCCGGUUAUUGGACAUAACCACGAAACAGAUUGUGUUGCCCGAGGACGAGAUAGGAAGCUUGACUUCUCUACGAGCUCUGUUCAUUGGAGAUUGCGAUAACCUUGAGGCCCUGUGCGAAGACAUUGGGUCCCUCAAAUCCCUCAGGAAGUUGUUCAUUGGAAGCUGCCCGAGGCUGAAGUACUUGCCCAGAGGAAUCAGACAUUUAACAAAAUUGGAGGACCUAUGGAUCGGCAACUGUCCAUGUAUAAAGCUGUCCUUGGGAGAUGGCGAACUAGAAAGUGACCGAACUAAAAACAUCGGAUCGUUGGUGCUCUUUCAAUUGCCCGAUCUAAUAAGCCUGCCAGAAUGGGUUGAAUGGUCUGCAACCAGUCUGCGGAAGAUAAUCAUCACGGACUGUCCUCAUCUCACGUACUUGCCCGAGUGGCUGGCGAGAUGUUCGUCUCUGCAGACAUUGAAGAUCCGAGGCUGCCCUCAUGUGUUACGCCUACGAGCGGGAAUGCCCUUGCUUACUUCCUUGAGAUUACUGGUGAUCGAGGACUGCGGAGGCCUUAGUGAAGCUUGCAGGAGAGGCGGAUCGCUCACGUUCCCGAGAUCCUCAUCGACGAUGAGAAGAUCAAAUGAACAUGCCAACAGUGUGAACAUCACUAUCAAACUUUUGUACCUCCUUCCUCAAAGUCCAUAA